ACACUUUUUGCAUUCGAGCAGUCGAGCGCCAUCUACGAAGCAGCACGAACGACCAGAGACUGCGCCGACUACACCUCUCAAGAAUAGACAUCGAACACCGUCGUCCGUGGUACUCUCGACAUGCCUAAAUCAAAGCGCGCAAAGGUCGUCCACCUCUCCAAGACGGAGAAGAAGGGCAAGGAAUUGAACCUCCAACUCGCGGAGAAGAUCAAGGAGGCUGCAGACCAGUACAAGUACAUCUUCGUCUUCUCGGUGAACCACAUGCGAAACACCUAUCUCAAGGAUGUGCGCGCGGAAUUCUCUGACAGCCGCAUCUUCUUCGGCAAAACAAAAGUAAUGGCCAUCGCCCUCGGCCUCACCCCCGAAACCGAACACCUGCCCAACCUGCGCCACCUGACAAAACACAUCACCGGCGACAAGGGCCUCCUCCUCACCUCGCGCCCACCCGCCGCCGUCCUCGCCCACUUCGCCGCCUACGCCGAAACCGACUACGCCCGCGCCGGCGUGCGCGCAACCCACACCUUCACCGUUCCCGCCGGCACCGUCUGCUCGCGCGGCGGCGAGCUCGCGCCCGAAGACGACGUGCCGCUGCCGCACAGCCUCGAGCCCAUGCUGCGCAAGUGGGGCAUGCCGACGCGGCUGGUCAAGGGGAGGGUUACGCUGAAUGAGCCGUAUACGGUGUGUGUGCGCGGCAAGGUGCUGAAUAGCUAUCAGACGGCGCUGUUGAAGACUUUUGGGGUUGCGAUGGCGGAGUUUCGCGUGCGGGUUCGGGCGUAUUAUAGUACCGAGACGCAGGAGGUGACUGAGGUGGAGUCGGCUGGUGAGGGUGAGGGUGAUGACGGUGACGACAACGACGACGAGAUGCAAGGCGUAGACGACGACGAGGAAGUCGACGAGUUUGACGUCCCGGGUGUGGCGAAAGUGGUGACGUUGGACGAUUUGGAGGAGAAGAAGGAGAAGAAGCAAAAGACGAAGACGAAGAAGGCUCAGUACAAGGACAUCUGAGGGCUACGGAUCAUCUGCCUAUCUAUGCAUAAAGGGGGGGAAGGGAGGAGUUUAUGGCGCAAUUUGAGACCUGUUCUGUGUACCGGAAGCAUCUGUUUGUCUGUCUGUCUGCUUCUCGCGAAGCUUGGAGCUGGCAUGGUAGCGACACUUUGGAUGUGCAGUACCAAAAAGCAUCAAUUGCAUUGAUUGAGCGUUCAAUUUGCACGUCUCCGCCGUCAGGUUACGUGACCAGCGUUCGACAACCCUAGUAACUACAUACACUCCACGAAUCACUACCCGAUAUAUAC